UGAGAAUUCAGUGCACAACUGUGAUAAAUACUAAAUGUAAAGCCAAGGAUGUACCUUUGUAGUUGAUACUAACGCCUUACAUUUAGGUGUGAGGAAAAUGAUGAGUAAGAAGAAAAUUAUUGUCUUGUUUUCGUACAUCCUGGUUGUGGUGGCUGAAUUAUGUCAAGCACAGACAAAGUUACUGACCUACAAUGCUGGACUUUUGGGGAGUAUUCCUUAUAAACAGGAACGUGGUGACUACAUAGCGGCCAACAUCGGACACACUGACCCGGACAUCAUCUGUUUACAGGAGGUUUGGCUCAGGAGGGAUGUAGAAUUGCUAACAUCGACCAACCAGUACAAAUAUCCUUAUUUCUUUAGCGCUGUCAACACCGAAACCUCCUCAAAGCCCCCAUGCGCCAACAUCUCGCUCAUUAGUGUAUUUUUUAAGUUAUUGGCAAAUGGAUGCACGAAACGAGCAACCUCCGCAGAAAAAGCCCAGUGUGCGACGGAAAAAACCGGGGUUCUCAACCUACCACAAAAGUGCAUUUCCUGUCUGGCAAUAUCAUCUACAAAUGACUUCUCGUUUUCAAACCUUCUUAGAGACUGUGUCGUGACAACCCAAGGGGAGGUCAAUCUUCCUGGACUUUUGGUUCUAAGUAAACGACCCAUGCUUUACCCUGUGGUAAAAUAUUUUUUGCCAUCUGCAAAGAAGACAGCUUACAGAGGAUAUAUACACUUUCAGGAUGUAAAAGUCGGCGACAUAGUUUGUACGCAUUUAACACCAUUACUGGGACCCAUAUAUGUUGAACCAAAUCUUCAGGGAAUCUUCGAGGGUUAUGCUGAUCAGAACUUUUUUGAAACCGUCACAUUGGAUAUUUAUUUAUCGUCCUCAUCACGGGCUGUUAUAAUGGGUGACCUAAACUGCGGUCCAGGACUUCCUGAAAAAAAUAUCGUAGAGGAAUGUGAAAAAUCAUACUACCAAUUUAAAUUAGCUGGCUACAAGAGUCCCUACGUUGAACGUGUCGGUCUAUGCACCUACUGUAGUGACAAUGCCUUGGGACUGACGCAGUACGAUAUGACAAAUCAAAGCAUUCAGAGCAACAUCAUUGAUCACAUAUUUGUACGCGGUGUCUCUGUAGUUUUUAUACAGCGAGUUCUGACAGAAUACGUACCAGGUUUACCAUAUACUCCAUCAGAUCAUUACGGCGUACAGGCAACGGUGGUGGACAAAGGAAAAGAUCUAAAGUACUUGUUGGUACCAUGGCCAGAAUGGAUCACCUGAUGUAAAUGAAGUCAAAACCAAUGUCUCGGAGCAAUAUUCCGACCAAGUGCUAUGCAAACAAAAUGUUUGAAUAAAGUAU